GGGUCUCUGUCCCACAUUGGAGAAUGUUCCAACUAUCCCUUCAUUUGACUUACAGCUGCCAUGCAAAGCCUUCUCUUCCCCAGCAUGCCGCAGCAAACCGGGAUCAUCUGUGGAUUACUUCUGGCCUUCCUGCUGCCCCUGGCUCUGGGUGACAAUGUGUUCAUCAGCAACCAAGAGGCGAUGUCUGUCCUCAAACGCUCGAGGAGAGCAAAUAUGCUUUGGGAGGAACUGAAGCAAGGAAAUAUGGAAAGAGAGUGCAUGGAGGAAUUAUGUAACUACGAGGAAGCGAGAGAAAUAAAGGAGUCAAAAGAUGCCACGGACACAUUCUGGCACCAGUAUCAAGCUUGUCAUCCUGAAAAGAAGCCGCCGAGAGAGUCCCUGGACCGCUGCAUGUCAGGUACUUGCGCAGAAGGAAUUGGUCAGAAUUACUUUGGAACCAUCAGCGUCACCAGGUCGGGGCGAGACUGUCAGUACUGGGAGAGUAACUUUCCGCAUAAAACUAAGAUUAACCCAACCACCCACCCAGGGCGCAAUCUGACUGAGAAUUAUUGCCGAAACCCAGACGACAACCCACUGGGGCCAUGGUGUUAUACCAAGGAUGCUGGAAAAGCUAGAGAGGAAUGUUCAGUACCUUUAUGUAGCAACAAUGGAUUUACAAUUGAACCAAUUGUGCAGGAAGUGCAGAAAACUCAAAAGAAAGAGGAGACACCCUGCGUGCCAAAUCAUGGUCUAGAUUAUGAUGGCACCCUGGCAGUGACAGUGUCCGGACUUCCAUGUUUACCCUGGAACUCACCAUUAGUGAAGGAGCACAACCACAAAGACUUCAGGAAAGAUUUAGUCCUAAAAGAGAAUUACUGCAGGAACCCAGACAAUGAUGACGAGGGCGUGUGGUGCUACGUGUCUCACAACAACACCACCUUCGACUAUUGCAAAUUAAAUUACUGUGAUAGCCCUAUAGAUGAAGAACCCAUUACUAGCCAAGCUGGCAGAACAGAUUCAACACAACAUCAAACAUUCUUUGAUGAGAAGAGCUUUGGCCAAGGAGAAGCAGUUUGUGGACAGAGGCCACUCUUUGAACAAAAGAAAGUGACCGAUAAAAGCGAGGCAGAGCUGCUGGAGUCUAUCCAAGGUCGGAUUGUUAAAGGAGAAGAUGCUGAUCCAGGCAGUUCCCCAUGGCAGGUGAUGCUGUUUAAAAAAAGCCCCCAGGAGCUCUUGUGUGGAGCCAGUCUCAUAAGUGACCGCUGGGUGCUGACCGCCGCUCAUUGUGUCUUCUAUCCUCCAUGGGAUAAAAAUUUCACCACUGAGGAUCUCCUGGUGCGGAUAGGAAAACAUCAUCGUGCCAAAUACGAGAGGACAACAGAGAAAAUUCUGCAGCUUCAACGGAUCAUUAUCCACCAAAAAUACAACUGGCAGGAAAAUCUGGACAGAGAUAUUGCACUUCUGCAGCUGAAGAAACCCCUGACCUUCACAAAUUAUAUCCAUCCAGUGUGUCUUCCAACCAAGGAUAUUUUACAGAAGUUCCUGCAGUCAGGGUACAAAGGUCGUGUCACUGGUUGGGGCAAUCUACAGGAAACAUGGAGCUCAGGAGGACCACAGUUGCCUUCAGUCCUUCAGCAGAUAAACCUUCCUUUAGUGGAACAGGAGACAUGCAAGGCUUCCACCAAAAUUAAAGUAACAGAUAACAUGUUCUGUGCAGGUUACAGUCCAGAAGAUGGUAAGAGGGGAGACGCCUGUGAAGGAGACAGUGGUGGCCCCUUUGUCAUGAAGGACUUCACCAGCAAUCGUUGGUACCAGAUGGGUAUAGUGUCUUGGGGAGAGGGAUGCGACCGUGAUGGAAAGUACGGCAUGUAUGCGCAUGUAUAUCGCUUUCGGAGAUGGCUGAUGAAGACUAUAGAGCAAAAUCCCUAAUAGCAAGUUUAUUUUCCAGCAUCUGGUUCUUAACCACUUAGCUUUCAAAGCAUUCCAGCUCAACAACCAAAUUCUGUACGUCUGCCCAUCAAUAAAGAUAUUUUUGAACACUU